AUGUCGCAGGCUUUUAGUCUAUCCAAUAUUUUGAGUGGAUUUCGAUCAACUGGGAUACACCCCUAUAACCCGGACAUCUUUACAGAUGACGACUUUUUAUGCUCUGCGGUAACAGAUAGAGAAAUGACUAGUGAACUCCAAAAGCAAGAUGUUUCUUCGAUUACUUCACCCUCGGUCGCUGCAAAAGUACCAUCAGAUUCAACCACGGUCGCAUUACCUUCAACAUCUACUGUACGUCAGUCAGAGCCUUCAACAUCAGCAUCAGUAUUCACGAAUGAAACUGCAGCUCCUAGAAUCAAUUCACCAUCAAUUUUGACUGCGGAAGAAUCCGAGCAAGCAAAUACAAUACCAAGACGAUCAGCAGAGAUAGCUUCUACAUCUAAUGUUCUGGAUAUGACAACGUCAAGUGACAGUGAGACAGACCUUGACGAAGAACCCAAGUAUGAUGAUAGUUCUGAUAGUCCCUGGGAUGAAGUACCAGAUGUUACUGAUAAUUGGUUUUGUUUCAUCUGUGGGGAAGACAAAGUUAUGGACAUGAGACUUUGUGCUGUUUGUGGCAAAUAUGUCCAUGAAAUGUGUGUUGGACUAUCCAAAGACGAUAAGGAGCAGUUUAUUUGUCCCAAUUGCUCCAAUUAA